GCCCCACGAAGAUCAUAGAGCACCGCGAGGCGGACAUCGAGCAGCCCCAGAUCGCCGAUGGCGAGUUCUACGUCCGCCGCGCGUACUCCCGCCUCUCCAAGUGUGCCACCUAAGUGGACUAUUUUCACGACCAGCGCCCGUAGGGAGAGGUCAAUGUAGAUGACAAGCAAGGAAAAGAACCAACUCAAAAACCAGAAC